AUGUUCAAUGUGUCGCUAAACACGACCAAUUCCAAGAAGCCAAGGACUUCCAAGCAGUCCACCCUUGCGUCGUUCAUAAGCUCCUCGAAACCUAAUCGGGAUAUCAAGCCCAGUCAGCCGUUCUCUGCACUCAAAUUAGACAAGAGAAGCGUGUCUAACGAUGAAGAGUUCCUGCAAAAUAAAGAAAACGCGCACAAACGCGCAAAACUGGACCGAUCGGUUUCCUGUGUUGGAUUUGGCCAGUUGGAGACACCUGCUUUAGACGUGUCUACCUCUCAACCAUCCAGCUUCAAACACUCAAAACCAAUUGAAAAGAUACAAUUUGAACAGACAGAGAUCGACGUAUCGACAAGACCAGAGGUAAACAUUGGGAGAUCUGUGAAGCUGCCCGCACGCAAGCCGGUGUCAGCUUCACGCCAAAGGUCAGUGCCGUGGUCGAAUUUGAAUGUGAAGAAGAUUUCAAAUCCUCGCAACCAAAACAAACAGUCGUCUCAAAACGGCAACAGCAUUAGCGGGUCUCUUUCGGAGGAACAGCGUAAAGUCAUUGAAAUGGUUCUGUACGAGCGCAAGAACAUUUUUUAUACAGGCUCUGCAGGUACUGGUAAGUCUUUCCUCUUACGUGAAAUAAUCAAACGAUUGAGGAACAGAUAUGGUUCCAGUUCCAUUGCGGUGACCGCUUCGACUGGGUUGGCGGCGACUAAUAUUGAGGGCACCACAAUCAAUCGAUUUUCCGGUAUAGGUCUGGGCUCUGGGCCAGUGAACAAAUUAGUGAGCAUGAUAAAAAGCAGAAGAAGCAUUGUUGAAAGGUGGAAAGGAACCAAAGUGUUAAUUAUCGAUGAGUUAUCUAUGAUCGAUUCCAACUUUUUCGACAAGCUGAACGACAUUGCAAAGCAAAUUCGAGGUAGCAACAAACCAUUUGGCGGCAUUCAGCUGGUUCUGACAGGAGACUUCUUCCAACUCCCGCCUGUUUCACUGAGCAAAACGGGCGCAGCUAGGUUUUGUUUUGACGCGGUCAGCUGGAAAGAGUGUAUUGAUGAGACCAUUCUGCUGACUAAAGUUUUCAGACAAAAGAACGACUCUGACUUGAUCGAGAUGUUGAAUGCCCUGAGAAUUGGAAAAAUCUCCAAUGAAAUCAAGCAAAAAUUCAAACGGCUGGAACGUCCCCUCCAAUACGAUGACGGUAUUUACCCUACAGAGCUCUACCCUACAAGGGAAGAGGUGGAUCGUGCUAACUUGGAGCGACUGAACUCGCUUCCAGGACGUGUCUACACUUUUCAAAGUCGCGACAAUUUCCCUCCCAAUGGAAACCCUGCAAUGUUCGUCAAGCAACUGGAUGGUCUCAUGUGUGCCAAGGUUUUGCAACUCAAGGAAGGUGCGCAAAUAAUGUAUCUGAAGAACGACCUGGAAGAUCCUCAAUUGGUGAAUGGAUCGAUCGGGAAAAUAGUCUGCUUCUGCAGUAUAGCACUUUGGACUUUAUUCACCAACACGUUCAAGGAGUAUGAAAGGCCAAUGCACACCGACCUCCUGGUAAUGGCAUCGAGAUUCACUGGAAAUGAGCCGACUGCCCAGGACGAAGCAUUGUACAACGAGUUUCUGGCCACAAAUUAUAAUAGUCCUUCGCAAGUAGAACUUGCCAAGCAAAUGAUUCGGACUGCCAAGAACUCUAAGCUUUCAGAAGUUUUGCCUCUGGUCAAAUUCUCCCAUAGUUCACUGAAACUUAUAGAACCAGUACCAUUUUCCCCCGAAUCUAAUAGCGACCUAAGUCGUGAACAACUCCCAAUCCUGCUUUCGUGGGCCUUGUCCAUUCACAAGUCUCAAGGACAAACAUUGGAGCGCGUGAAGGUCGACCUGACCAAGAUCUUCGAAAAAGGUCAGGUUUACGUUGCUCUAAGUAGAUGUGUGGAUACAAGAAAUCUCGAGAUUGUGAACUUUGAUGAAAGGCGCAUCAGGGUCAGUGAGGAUGUUGUCCAGUUUUAUGAGAAUCUGAAGCAGCUCAAGUGA